AUGGCUGGUCUGAUAUCAAGAAGCGGUCUCUUUAUCAACUUCAUGGUUAGUUCUGUGAGAGGCUCAAUUUUCCUGAAGGCUGUGGACAGCAAGAAUGCGAAGAAAACCGGAGCAUGGUUGUUUGAGCAGCUGAAACAAGUGAUUGCCGAGGUUGGUGCAGAAAACGUUGUGCAGGUGGUGACAGACAAUGCAAGCAACUGCGUGGUCAUGGGGGAGCUUUUGCAGCAGGAGUUUCCACAGAUUGUACACGUUCGCUGCAUUUGCCACGUUAUGGACUUGCUGUUUGAAGAUAUUGGAGCUCUGUCUUGGGUGCAGCCUUUCGUCGAUGGCUGUGCGAAGAUAGUUACCUUCAUCACCUCAAAGCCACGGGUUCUAGCUCUUUAUAGAACUUUCUGCAAACGGGACCUGAUAAAGCCUGUGACCACGAGGUUUGCUUAUAUUUUUCUCGUGAUGUCUCAGCUUCUGGAGACCACGAAUCUCUCCGGGCUUCGAAGAAUGGUGGUGAGCCAAGAAUGGGAGCGACUUGACUGGUCUAAGAAGCUGGAGGGCCUGGAGCUGCGAUCUCGUGUUCUCAAUGACUCGUUCUGGGAGCGGUGCGAGAAUUUGUUAAUUUUGCUCGGACCUUUACUUCGAGUUCUUCGACUCGCUGAUCGGGAGGGGGCGACUUCAGGCCUCAUCUUUGAAGCUGUUGAUCGGCUGAUUGAGAAGAUGGACGAGGGAGCUCGAAACGGAAUUUAUGCACAUGAGGAAGUGGGACAAAUCAAGGAUUUCCUACUUGAAUCACACGGUCUGAAGGAGGCAAGGUGGUAUCAAAUGCACAACGUCAUUCAUGGAGCUGCUUUUGCUCUUCAUCCUCUGUUUCUGGGGGAUAACCCAGAGAACGACAAGCUGGACAAUGAGGCACGCGGGAACUGGUUGGAGUACAUGCAUGUUUAUAGUGGAGGUGAUCUGGACUUGCAGCUGAGAUUGCAGGCACAGUUUGAGAGGUUUCGGCAACAGCUUGGACGGCAAAUGAGGUUACCUGUUGCCAAGGAUCGGGAGACCAGAAAGUUUCCAGUAACCUGGUCCCGCUUGCUUCCCAAAAAUGCUGAGAAGCUGGUUUACAUUCAUACAAACUUGCGGGUUGUUCAGAAGCUGGAGAGUGAAGGUUUGAGGAUGCUGGAGAUUGAUAUAGACAAGCUGGAGUUGGAGCCUCAUUGGAAGAGGAUUUUGGAUCUGCAAGAAGCUUUUGAGGAACCAAAUCAGGUUGCUGACGACUGCAACUAUGGAAGUGGCAGUAGUGACACUGUGGGAAUAAAUCUUCAGGCAACUAUCACGGCUCUCUCGCAGCAGCAUCCUGGCCUUGGUGUAGGGUUUAGAGCUCUCAACUCCAACUGGCAGGCACCAGCUCUUGACUGCAUCAAGUUCCGAGCUAUGUUUGUGAGUUAG